GAGUAGUAUUCUCUCCAAGCAUCGAACCGCGACGGCAUCACUUUCACCGCGAAUCUUCCAAGGGUUCACCGCUGGCCCAGCAACUGCCCAGCCAUAAAUACUGGCCAUCUCCCCUCCAUUACUUCUUUUCCUCUAUCCCUCUCACACCCGUCUUGAUCUGAUACGUAUCUCAUCGCCCGGCGUUGCCCAUUCUACACCUACCGACCGACGUUAAAGUCCACAAACACACACGACAAUGCCACCGAAGAAGUCUGCUGCUGCUGCGAAAGCCGAGCACGGUGACGGCGAGGGCGACAAGUUCCGCUGGACCCCCGAGAACGAUCGUCGUCUCCUCAUCCUAGCUCUCCGCGGUAACGUCACCGGCGCCGACUACCACGAGUUCGUCAAGGCCAUGCCAGCCGGCGCCAGCUUCCAAGGCGUCCGCCAGCGCCUCGGCAAGCUGCGCCGCGAGCAGCAACAGAUCUACGAGGACAUGGGCUGGACGCUCCCGGACGGCAAGGCCACCGCUUCCAUCUCCAUCUCCAACGGCGCCAACAACAACAACGAUGGUGACGACGCCGAGAAGCCAGCCAAGUCAAAGGGCAAGGCGGGCCGCAAGCGCAAGGCUACCGAUGCUGACGCCGACGACAAGCCGUCGAAGAAGGCCGCCAAGAAGAGCAAGGUCAAGGACGCUAUCGACGACGACGAGGAGGAGGGUCCGAACGACGGCCUCCACUUCAGGGAGAAGUACACUGAGAUCUGAGGAACUUAACGUAAGUACCACAUUUCGUCGUGCCUCGUGCACAUUUCUCUGCCAAACGAUGAGGGGAGGGUAUGGAUUUGAUCUUCCGGAACGCUUUGGGGGGAAUGGCGUAUUGUACAUGACUACUACGAGGGGGGUUUAGUCGGCAUGACGUCCAUGGAGUCCAGCCAGCUGCGGAAGGU